AGGAGGGGACAAACUCCAGACUAGCACCGGGCUGCAGGCGACUCGUACCGGGGAAGCUGCGUCGCGAGCAGGCGCCGAGUCGGGACAUCAUCCAGCACGGAGCGCUAAGCUAGCUCCCACUAGCUUAACCUCACUUCUUUCAUUUUUUAAUCUUCUAUCUCUAGAAAACAGGGUCAGUCUACUCUGUGGCUCGUCGGUCUGACAGUAUACCAUGUCUAUAUUACCUUUCACUCCCCCCAUCGUGAAGAGACUCCUCGGCUGGAAGAAGGGAGAGCAGAACGGACAGGAGGAAAAAUGGUGCGAAAAAGCAGUGAAAAGUCUCGUCAAGAAGUUGAAGAAGACGGGACAGCUGGAGGAGCUGGAGAAGGCCAUCACCACUCCGAAUGUCAACACCAAGUGCAUCACCAUCCCGAGGUCUUUGGAUGGGCGUCUGCAGGUGUCCCACCGGAAAGGCCUACCGCACGUCAUCUACUGCCGCUUAUGGCGCUGGCCGGACCUGCAGUCGCACCACGAGCUGCGGGCCGUGGACCUCUGUGAGUUCGCCUUCCACACCAAGAAGGACGAGGUGUGCGUGAACCCGUACCACUACCAGAGGGUGGAGACGCCUAUUCUGCCCCCGGUGCUCGUACCGCGACACACGGACAUCCCCACAGAGUUCCCCCCCCUGGACGACUACAGCCACUCCAUCCCAGAGAACACCAACUUCCCCGCUGGCAUCGAGCCUCAGAGCAACUACAUCCCCGAGACUCCUCCCCCUGGGUACUUGAGUGAAGAUGGAGAGACCAGCGAUCCCCAAAUCAACCACAGCAUGGAUACAGGGUCGCCAAGCCUGUCACCCAAUCCCGUCUCUCCAUCAAACAAUAAUCUGGACCUCCAGCCUGUAACCUACUGCGAGUCAGCCUUUUGGUGCUCCAUCUCCUACUACGAGUUGAACCAGCGGGUGGGAGAGACCUUCCACGCCUCCCAGCCCUCCCUCACCGUGGACGGCUUCACGGACCCCUCCAACUCUGAGCGCUUCUGCCUGGGUCUGCUCUCCAACGUUAACCGUAACUCCGCCGUGGAGCUCACGCGCAGACAUAUAGGACGUGGGGUGAGGUUAUACUACAUCGGGGGGGAGGUGUUUGCAGAGUGCCUCAGUGACAGCGCCAUCUUUGUCCAGAGUCCAAACUGCAACCAGCGCUACGGCUGGCAUCCUGCCACCGUCUGCAAGAUCCCUCCAGGCUGUAAUCUGAAGAUCUUCAACAACCAGGAGUUCGCUGCACUCCUGGCUCAGUCUGUGAACCAGGGCUUCGAGGCGGUGUACCAGCUGACCCGCAUGUGCACCAUCCGCAUGAGUUUUGUGAAGGGCUGGGGAGCAGAAUAUAGGCGACAGACAGUGACCAGCACCCCCUGCUGGAUAGAGCUGCACCUGAACGGCCCUCUUCAGUGGCUGGACAAGGUGCUCACGCAGAUGGGCUCCCCCAGCAUCCGCUGCUCCAGUGUGUCCUAGGAACAGCAUGCCAACCCCCCCCCCCCCCCCCCCCAUACUCAUUUACACAAUCACAUAGGAUCAACAACAGCAAAAAAAAAUAUUAUACGGAAAAAAGUAAACUCAUCUGGACACGCACACACACAUAUACACACACACACACACACACACACACACACACACACACACACACACACACACACACACACACACACACACACACACACACACUGUAAAGCACUUUCCUUGUAGGAGUAGCCAUGAAUUCCAUUUGAAGGUUUAUGUUAUGACUUGUAUCUGUCGUAUUGUGCUCCCACAGCCACAGCAUGUUAGCAAUAGGUUUCAUAGUACUGAACUUGCACCCUACCACCUUGUCCCCAUCAUGCAUUAAUGUACAUUUUAAGACGGUAAUGUAGUGCUGUGUUCAUCAUUUUUCGAUGAAGACCAUUGAACUCCUUUUGAAAAAUCUGCUUAUUGUUCUGUUCUAUUUGUUUGGUUUUUAAGUCAAUUCUUGUAUGACUCAAGUUGUUUGGUCAAACGAAGAUAUUAAUCACCUUGCUAUUUAAUGAAAUUUGGUCAUGUUCAAUGCCCCUUCAACUGAUCACCUAUUUUUGUAAUCGUGAAUUGGAAAGGCUUAUUUAGCAUUGUGGCUCUAGUGAGGUAAACGCCCAGUUUGAGUAAUGAUGAAAUCCCUCAUCUUGUUAACAAAUACAAAGUACAAAGUACUUUGGCCUAACCAAUUAGUCUAUAUGAUGAAGUAGUGAAUUAUGUGGUUAUUCCUUCCAAUUGAUAAUGUUGGCUAUUGCUCAACAGAGAAUUGGACAUAUUUAAGAAUAAUGUCUGUAUGAAAACUAUUUUGCUCAGUGAAAGACAUUUUAUAAUUUAUUUUUACAUAGUGUCCUGCAUGGGGAAUAUAUUUUUAUUGGCACCCCACUAUGAUCGAUGUAUAUAAAUAUUCAUAGCUUGUGAUGAUUCAAGUAUUUUACGGUCAUCGGAUUCAGUGGAAAACUUUAGGAUCGAUCGAUCCUGAAAAUACUGUACCAGCUGUUAAACUGGAAAAUGUUUCCAUGAAAGGAAUAAGGCUAAUAUAAACGGUGUCAGUGGAGUAGUUUAGGUCUUAGCAUCGUAACUCUCGUCGUGCCUCACCAGCAGUAGCCGCCCCAGUGGCACUCUCCUACAUAGCACUUAAUUUACACAUGUAAUCCACGUCAGUUCAAUGUUCACCUGAGUAUACAACAUACUCUGCAUGGAUAAACAGCCGUUAUUAGGACGUGUAAUGAUCAGUUAGUGCAUCAAUGGUAGUGUUUUCUGCUUGUCCUCUUCUACAUCCCACAUUGUUAUGCUAUAAAAGGCAUGCUUGAUAUGCUUGUGGUCCUUGUUUAUUAGCGAGUCGGUUCAAGGCGGCCCUCUCUCCCACUGCACUUCUAGUACACGAUACCGAGCUGGAAUGAAAUCUGUUCAGAGCUGUGACCCCGUGCUAUGCAACGGUGUAUUCAACCAAGUAGUUUGUAGAUCUGUGUCAUAAUUUGUAUUUGUAUCUUACUUUAUUAGGUUGUUUAUCUCAUGUAUUAGGUUCUACAUGUUAGUCCAAAUUGUUUUGAAAUUGCCAUUGUUUUUGUCAUGUGAUGAUUUAAUAAAAUUGUACCUGUA